AGAAAGGAAAGGAGGAAUGAACAAGUCAAGCAAAGUUACUGGGGGACAAUUCAUUCAUUCAUCAGUCUACACAUUCAAUCAUUCAUUCAACAAAUAUCUACUGAGUUCCUACCAGGCCCUGAUCUAGGCCCUAAGGAUACAAUUUGCAAGCUCAGGGGACCGGUGACUCACUCAGCAUUUCCAGGUGACUUUGGUGUGUGCAUAUGUAUGUGUACUGUACGUGUGCAAGGCCUUCUGUUUACAAGGGCCUGCUGCCGGGGCACCUGUCUUCCCUGGGGCCUGGUGCUUUUAGCAUCUGUCCCUGGAUCCUGUUGCAGCCCGAAAUAAGGCUGUGAGCCACCACAAGGCGAGGACAACUCUCGUCAGCUGAGGCCAGAGCCAGCGGCAAGGCACACCCAGCUCACCGCCUGCACAGACACCAACGACCACUCAACUCUCAGCUUCCCGACAGAGGUGUUAAUCUGAGGGUCUGACACUCCCUGCUGCCCACUGUGGUUCCAUCUCUCAGUCUCUCCUCCACAGGAUGAUCCCCAAGGAGCAGAAGGGGCCAGUAAUGACUACCAUGGGGGACCUCACUGAACCAGUCCCUUUGCUGGACCUGGGCAAGAAGCUGAGCGUGCCCCAGGACUUGAUGAUGGAAGAGCUAUCACUGCGUAACAACCGAGGAUCCCUCCUUUUCCAGAAGAGACGGCGCCGCGUGCAAAAAUUCACCUUUGAGUUUGCAUCCAGCCCGCGUGCGCUCGUGGCAGGAAGCGCCAAGGAGAAGGUGACUGGAACAGCAGAAUCUGGGAUGGUUGCCAACAGCUCCGAGGGGCAGAACUACCGCUCUGAGCUCCACAUCUUCCCGACCUCAGGGCCCGGGGGCCCUGAGGAUGCCCAGCGCACAGCCGCCCGGCCAGUGAGUGCCCCCAGCCCCAGUGCCCUGGCGCCAGGCUAUGCUGAGCCACUGAAGGGCGUCCCUCCCGAGAAGUUCAACCACACGGCCAUCCCCAAGGGCUACAGCUGCCCAUGGCAGGAGUUCAUCAGCUACCGGGACGACCUGGGCGAAGGCGGAAGUCACACCCCCAGCCUGGCGGAGUAUCGAAAUUUCAACAAGACGCCAGUGCCCUUUGGAGGACCCCUGGUGGGGAAAACCAUUCCGAGGGCAGGCACCCCCUUCGUCCCGGAGCUCACCAGUGGCUCGGAACUCCUCCGCCUCAGACCCAGCUUCAACAGGGUGGCCCAGGGCUGGGUCCGCAACCUCCCAGAGUCUGAGGAGCUGUAGCCCCAGCCGCUUCAAUUCCCCCAUCUCAGAGUUCGGGUAGCACCUGGAGCCAAGACUUGUGGACAGCACUUCACAGUUUACGAAGGGCCAUCACACACAAAUGGCCUCAAAGGUCACGAAGUUCAGCAGUUCCCAAAUGUGGUGUGCUUCAAAAUUACCUGGAGGUGUUUUAAUACAGAUUUCUGGCCCGUCCCAAACCUGCAGCAUCAGAAUCUCCUGAGUGGAGGGUCUCUAUUAGUAACUAGUACUCCCAGCGGAUUCCAGGAAAACUCGUCCCCGGUUUGUAUCUUUAGGAAUCCAAACCACCAGUGACUUCACAUCCAAGCCUCCACUCUUUCCUGCUCCUGUGGUCUAGCUUACACUGCCCCAAUGACAGGGAGCUCACUAGCCGGCUAUUUACCUAAGAAUCACUCUGAUAAUUAGAUUUUCCUUUUACUGAGA